AUGGGAAGUCUCCUCAGGCCGACUCCGGUGUUGUUCAAUCGUAUUGGACCGCCGCUCAGGACGGCUCAGAUCGGUCCCACUGUGGGCGGCAACGGAGGAAGAACCUUCGUCCUCUACUUGACUACUACCAUCAAUGUCCUUAUCGCCUUUCAAGUGUCCUGGGCCUGCUAUCUGCAGCCUAGGUGGAGGAGCUUCAGAAGCGACAUGUUGGAGAAGUUCCCGUCCCUCCAGCCGGAUAUGGAUGAGAAGGACUGA